AUUCCCAGUUGUCACGUGACUUGACGACGGUCGUUCAAGAUGGCGUCAACGACUACAUUUUUAACCAGCUAGCCAGCUUUAGCAAGAUUAUGCGAACUGUCUGUACCGAAAUAGCGACGUAUCCCUCGUGUGAUCCUUAGUACAGGUCAACAGUAACACCUUUGUGUCUGAUACCUUCCCACCCAUCUGUUACCAAACACAGCUAACCAGCUAGCUAAUUAGCUGGCUAACUGGCUUGCUAUUUUGUAGCUAAACCAAGUAGCUGGCUGGCUAGGUAGGCAGCUGGGAGGUGUAGUUAGCUAUUUUAGCCAGUGUAGUUGGGAUGUACAUAAAGUUAAUGUUGAUUUGGAGAUUGAUAUGGCGCUAAGAGAGUUAAAAGUUUGCCUGCUUGGGGACACUGGAGUAGGAAAAUCGAGCAUUGUGUGGAGGUUUGUGGAAGACAGCUUUGACCCCAACAUCAAUCCAACAAUUGGGGCAUCGUUUAUGACAAAGACAGUGCAGUACCAGAAUGAACUGCACAAAUUCCUUAUCUGGGAUACAGCAGGCCAGGAAAGGUUUCGAGCCUUGGCGCCAAUGUACUACCGCGGCUCUGCAGCAGCCAUUAUUGUGUAUGACAUCACCAAAGAGGAUUCUUUCCAGACGUUGAAGAACUGGGUGAAGGAGCUUCGUCAGCACGGGCCUCCUAACAUCGUGGUGGCGAUCGCAGGGAACAAGUGUGACCUCAGCGAUGCCAGAGAAGUCUCGGAGAAGGAUGCCAAGGACUACGCCGAUUCUAUCCAUGCGAUCUUCGUGGAAACCAGCGCCAAGAACGCAAUUAACAUCAACGAGGUCUUCAUAGAGAUAAGCCAGAGGAUCCCCGUGUCGGAACCAGGAGGCGGGGCGGGGGGCAAGAGCUUCAAACUCCGCCGACAGCCCUCCGAGAGCCGCCGCACCUGCUGCUGACGACCCCCCCCCCCCCC